AAAUACCACGUGAGUAUCUGGAAACAGGAGUGCACCGGAGAUCCGCUUUGGACAGGAGACAGGAGUCACUGCCGACAUUUGUCAUCGGUUAACUGCUCUGAGGCUGUCUGCCAGGGGAAGGCGGGACUGUGUGCGGAGGUUCACUAGACUGCUGCGGCUUCUCUGAGUCUGUAUUCUGCUGCUGUGAAGCUGAAGCUGAAGCUGAAGAUGCCAGCCGGUACUUUAGACAGAACUGCCCCGUCCGCUGUUUCCGCCAGCCCGGCAACCGGGGAGCCCGCACCCGAAAAACCCCACACUCCGACCGAAAACAGAAAGUCCUCAAAACCAAUCAUGGAGAAGCGGAGACGCGCGCGCAUCAAUGAGAGUCUGGGUCAGCUGAAGACCCUCAUCCUGGACGCACUGAAAAAAGACAGCUCAAGACACUCGAAACUGGAGAAGGCGGACAUCCUGGAGAUGACUGUGAAACACCUCAGGAACCUGCAGAGAAUUCAGAUGACCGCUGCUGUAAACACAGACCCAUCCAUCUUGGGUAAAUACAGAGCCGGGUUCAGUGAGUGCAUCGGAGAGGUGACCCGUUUCCUGUCCACAUGUGAGGGGGUGAACACCGAGGUGAGGACUCGCCUCCUCAGCCACCUGGCCGCCUGCGUGACCCAGAUCAAUGCCAUGAACUUCCACGGACCUCACCCACUUGGACAAACAACCACACAAAUUACAGCUGCUUCUGCCUCACAGAUGGCUUGUAAAAGUCAGAUGCACAUCCCCCCAGAAGUGAUGAAGCUGUACGGUGGAUUUCAGGUUGUGCCUACGCCCGACGGACAGUUUGCUUUUCUAGUUCCCAGUGCAGCUCUCACACCUUUGGGUCCACAGAACAGCCAGUACAUGUCACCUGCCGCACCCCCAGUCACCUCAGACUCUGUGUGGAGACCGUGGUAGCACUACUAAAGUUAAAAAGGACUAUUAAAACAUAUUUUUGUACAUUUUGUAAAUGUUAUUGAGAUCCUACUUGAGAGUUUUUGUAGAAGAUAUUCUUGUAUACUAUGUUUUUCUAUGUUUUUCUAUGGCAUGGUUUGUUUUUGUAAAGCUCUUAAAAAGAACUGUACACUGUGAGAUUAAUAAAAUGUUUCUAAAAUG